AUGUCCAGCUCCGACACCUCAUAUCCUCCAUGCACCCCCCCGGGUGAGGCCGGAGACCUAACCCCACUGGACCAGCAUCCGAACGCGAUCCGCGACCCUCCCUCACCUAGUGAUUUUCUGCUACACCCCAAGCGGGCCCGGUUCGGCGCCGGGGGAAACCUCUCGCUGCUCGAGAAGUGCAAGAGCCCGCCCCUCCACACUGUGGGAACCCCUGUGCGCCCCAUCCCUCGGCAGCGCAACCCACCGUACGACUAUAAGUCCAAGCGCCCAACCACUGCGUCGUCUUCUACUCGUUCCACCAUCCAGCAGCGCCACCAUGUUGUCCUCGCUCCGAUGCGCCGUCUCGACGUGAGCGAUGGCGAGGACCAAAGUGACGAUGACGAUGACACCAAGAUUGGCGUGGAAAAGGACGAGGAUGACGUGGGCAAGAAGACUCAAGACUUAGCGGCGGCCGAGCCUGGGAACGACGAUCACAACGAUGACGAUACCCCCCUCCGUGAGGCCACACCUAGCGAGGCAACAGUGGAACUGGACGACGACUACGUUCCAAUCAACAGCGUUCGCACUCGCGGCUCCAAUCGCCACAAGACCACACGCAAGGUCAACAAGGAACCUGCUCAAAAGACCACCAAAGCCAAGGCUACUGAGGCAACCAAGGCUGCCGCCACCAAAACCAAAUCAGCAACGACUAAGAAGGCCAAGCUUUCGAAAGGCGCUGCGGGUGAGCGCCGCAUGUCUCAAAACCGGUGUGCUCAGAAGAAAUACCGGGACAAGAACAAGCGCCUCGCUGAUCUGCGUAUCAACUUUAACCUUGCCGCCAUCCGUGUGAGCCGUGAAUACGAGGCUGGCGAUAUCACGUCUGAAGACGCUAUGGAGCAGCUGAUUACUGCGUCCGACCACUUUCGUGCGGACAUGGCCGCGACGUGCCCUGCGACCGGGCAGCAACUUGAGGAGGACAUCCUCAAAAUGGAUAAGGCGUGA